GCAAAUUGUAUUGUAUUACCAGCGGUGCGGUAGCGUUUGGCAUGCCGACUAGAAAAAAGUUGAUAAAAGACAGCUAACGGUUGCACUGUUAUGGAUAUCACUUCUUAUCGCGCCAAGAAGGUGAAAGGAUGUCUUGGAAGUGUUUUGUCGUCCUGUCGUUCGUAGGAGUUUUGGUGAUUGUUCGACCAUCUGAAGCAUGGUUUGAGCAAUGUAGCCAUAACAUCAACUUAAAUGCUGGGAGUUCAAUGUAUAUAAAUUCGCCCGGUUAUCCAGGUAGAUAUCCUUCAGGAAGUUCUUGUCGAUAUGUGAUAACAGCACCAAUUGAUCAGGAAAUCAACGUUCAAUGUAGUAUUGCACUGGAUAAGGGAGCCAACUCUUGUGGAACUGAAUACUUCUACGUCAGCACAGAGGGAGAUACGGAUCUCACGGACAGCGAGUACUUUUGCGGAAGCGGCUAUGUGCAAAGAAAAUCCCUAUUCCGAACCGUCACCAUAGCCUACACGUCAUCUAGUACAUCAGCUGGAGGAUCUUUUAGUUGUUUAGUACAAAGUAAUCCGCAACCAUGUGAUUGUGGUUGGUCAACAACGACAAGAAUUGUAGGUGGCACCGAGGCCCAAGUUAAUGAGUUCCCACUUAUGGCCGCCAUAAUCUACAUACCUCAACGAUUGCCUUUUUGUGGUGCCACAAUAAUUAGCCAUCGGGCCCUUGUGACAGCUGCUCAUUGUUUUGGGAAUUACAACACCGCAACACAACUGGCCGCUUUGGUCGGCGAACAUGACAUGAAGACAGGUGCUGAGACACGUUAUACAGCGCUUCAUCCAGUGCAAUCUAUUCGCGUGCAUGAAUAUUAUGACCCUUCAACAAACCAGAAUGACAUUGCUCUGGUUUUCACGCAAACGAAUAUUGAAUGGUCUCGAGGUGUUGGGCCAGCAUGUCUGCCGUUCCUUUACUCAUAUGCUACUUUCGACGGUUUGGAUGUGGAAAUCGCAGGCUGGGGCACGACAUCUUAUGGUGGACCUACCUCAACUGUUCUUAUGAAGGCUACAACAACAGUAGCGAGCAAUUCCAACUGUCAAUCUGUGAUAUCAGGCCUAACUUCUUCACAAAUGUGUACAUAUUCACCUCCACAGGAUUCAUGCCAGUACGAUUCUGGUGGUCCAUUGAUAAGGCGUUUCCAGCGACUUUUUAUUGUUGGCAUAAUCAGUUACGGCCAAGGAUGUGGAGCGACUGCACCUGCUGUCAAUACUCGUGUCACUUCAUAUCUAGAUUGGAUACAGAACAAUGUUGGCGAAACCUUGUGUCGGAAAAAUUGAGAAUUGUAUCUUUUUAUAAUAAAAAUUAUUGUUGGUA